GGCGCGCGGACAAUACCGGGGCGGCGGCGCGGCGCGGCCCGGCGGUGCGGCGGGGUUCGGCGCGGCCCGGCCCGGUUCCACCCGCUUCGGUCCGGCUCUGCUAGGGCUCGGCUCGCCUCCGCCCGGCUGCGCACGGUUCGGCCCGGCGGGGCUCGGCGCGGCAGCAUGCUGGCCCUUUUCAACAAGCUGCUGGACUGGUUCCGGGCGCUCUUCUGGAAGGAGGAGAUGGAGCUGACCCUGGUGGGGCUGCAGUAUUCGGGCAAGACCACGUUCGUCAACGUCAUCGCGUCAGGCCAGUUCAAUGAAGACAUGAUCCCGACGGUGGGCUUCAAUAUGAGGAAGAUCACCAAAGGGAACGUCACCAUAAAGCUCUGGGACAUUGGUGGCCAGCCUCGCUUUCGCAGCAUGUGGGAGCGGUACUGCCGUGGAGUGAGUGCCAUCGUGUACAUGGUGGAUGCUGCCGACCAGGAGAAGAUCGAGGCCUCGAAGAAUGAACUUCACAACCUGCUAGACAAGCCGCAGCUCCAGGGCAUCCCGGUCCUAGUCCUGGGGAACAAGCGAGACCUCCCUGGUGCCUUGGAUGAGAAGGAGCUCAUUGAGAAGAUGAACCUCUCUGCCAUCCAGGACCGAGAGAUUUGUUGCUACUCCAUCUCUUGCAAAGAAAAGGACAACAUUGACAUCACCCUACAGUGGCUUAUUCAGCACUCGAAGUCCAGGAGAAGCUGAGAUCCCUUGGACUGCGGCUCAGAUCGGGAAGAUGCCAUUGUACAAGCCCAUACCCCCUUCCUUCUCCUGCUCUGUCCCUCCAGCUCUCUCUCUCUAGAUGGGUAUUUUUAGGGGACCCCAGACUCCGCUCGCAUUGAGGUGGAGCCCUUGUUUUUAUUGUAAAGAAAAUGUCCGACUCCGCCCCCCUCUCCUUUCCUCUCUCUGUCUCUUCUUCCCAUUUUGGCACUGUUCUGUUGUUGUCUGUGUAUACAGUAUAUAUAUAUAUGUAUAUAUAUUUUAAUUUUUUAAUUUAA